AUGAUAGUGGAAGGAAUAGAUGCAUCGCAGGGCGAAUAUGACGAUGAAGAUACUGGUGAUUGGAGACCUGCGGUUAGUAGAAGUACUCACAGUAGGUUUCUUAGAAGAAAGGCAAAGUGGGAGCAAUCUGUUGCCUUGGCUGAACAAGAAAUUCAGGAAGAUCAAGAAGCUGACAAAGCUGGAAACUUGAUUGAGGACACACAGUUCAAUCAGAUGUCUAAGGAUGCGACUGAAAGAUGUGCAAGAGAUGGCGGAAAGAAUGAUGAGUCCAUACUAAAAGAUAUGAGGUUGGAGGAAUUCUCAUUAAAGGUUCUCUAA